AUGCCUACCACCACCAUACAACGGCCUAUCAAGAAGCUCUUAGUCGCCAACAGAGGAGAAAUCGCAAUUCGCAUCUUACAAUCGACUCGAGAAUUACCAAGUCCCCCGGAAACAUACUGUCUCUACACAUCCAAUGAUUCAACACAUAUUUCUCUAGGCCAACCGAAUCAUGCAAUUGAGAUACUUUCGCCAGCAACAUACAUGAACAUUCCUGCACUGGUGCAACUGGUAAAGGAUAGAGGCAUUGAUGCCGUGCAUCCUGGCUACGGCUUCCUCUCAGAGAGUCCUGAGUUUGCUCGACAGAUGUGGGAGCAAGCGAAUUGUAUGGUAAUUGGACCAGGAUCCGACAUUCUCGAAACCACUGGAGAUAAACUAGAGGCCAAGAAGCUCGCCGCCAAAUUUGAUGUUCCUGUUCUGCCGGCCAUGACAACGUCUUCUCAAAAUGUCAAGGAUAUCAGCAUGUUUGCGAACAAAGUGGGCUUUCCAGUCAUGAUCAAAGCUGCAGACGGCGGAGGAGGCAGAGGCAUCAGACUAGUAAGGGAAGCAGCAGAGUUGCAAACAGCAGUACAAAGAUGCAUAGCAGAAAGUCCUUCGGGAAGAGUCUUUGCUGAGAAGGCUGCUGUGGACGGUUUCAAGCAUAUCGAGAUCCAGAUCAUUGGCGAUGGAAAAGGUGGCGUCAAACAUGUCUGGGAAAGAGAUUGCAGCAUGCAACGACGCUUUCAGAAGAUCGUGGAGAUUGCACCUGCUGUUGUUGAAGACAGGAGUACUGUGAUUCAAGUUAUUGCAGCGGCAAUGCGCAUCGCACAAGGAGUCAACUAUCUUGGUCUGGGCACAUUCGAGUUUCUGGUCAAUGUCAGCAANAAGGAGUUCUACUUUCUGGAGAUCAACCCAAGGAUUCAGGUCGAGCACACGAUAAGCGAAAGCAUGGCAGGUGUGGACUUGGUGCACGAGCAAUUACUGCUAGCACAAGGGUUGACAGGUCGCACUGCCGACUUGCCCACCACAGCGGAUGCCAAACCGCCUUCUAGUUUCUCUGUACAGCUGAGAUUGUGCGCCGAGGAUCCGAAUGCAAAUUUCUCACUCAGCACUGGCAACAUCACACAAGCAAGGUUACCAAGCGGAAAUGGUGUCCGUGUUGAUUCGCAUAUAGUGCGAGGUGCCGUGGUAGGAUCAGACUUUGACAAUCUCCUGGCCAAGAUCAUUGUUACGGCAUCGAGCUGGCAAAGCGUAGUAGCCAAAGCUCGUCGGGCACUCGAAGACACAGAUAUUGUCGGUGUAAAGACCAAUUUGAAUCUCCUCCGAGCGAUUGUUGCAGAUCGAGAGUUCGAAAGUGGUACAGCGGAUAAUCAAUGGCUCGAGAAAAUUGUCUCACGGUUGCUUGCGAUUGGCGACAAAAUCUCCGAACGCAUACAGAACCAGAACAUUAGUCUACCUGUUAUAGACGACCCCGCAAGUCAACCAAACAGCGGGGGUGCAGUUGGAGGAGCAUUGUUACGAAAGGGCAACGCAUGGUCUCUGAGUUUAUCGCCGGUCGAAGCUUCAGAAAAAAAGGCAGUACGAAGCCAUCAUCUGAAGAUCGAGAAAGUGUUGAGGAACAACUUUCCGGACACGCUGUCGGCGGUUGUCGCAGUCAGCACAUCGGGUGCAGGACCACAGACAUAUAAUAUGUCGCUUGAAAGCACGGAUGCAACUCAAGCGGCAGUCAAUUCGAAGCACAAGAAAGGCGAUGCAAACAACAAAACGCAUAUCAUACUGCCAAUGAACGGGAAACUGGUUGAAAUGCUUGUUGAAGAAGGAGAAGAGGUGCAAGAGGGACAAGUGAUUGCUUUUGUAAGACAAAUGAAGAUGGAGCUGGAAGUGCGAAGCCCAAGGUCAGGGACAAUAACGUGGGCUUUGGAGUUAGAAGACGAGGAAGGGGAUGACGUGGAACAAGGAGUGUUGCUUGCGGUUUUCAAGGACGAGCAUCUGGGCGACGCAAGAAGGCACAAACUCUAG